AUGCUUAUCACUACAAGCCACCAGGAGCUAUUUUUCCAGAUCAAGAACCCAAGCGAUCAUCAAUCGCAAAUAACUGAUGUCACAAGUAAUAUCAUCACGGUUUCACUAUUUUUCAUUGGUACUCUUCGAACAAUAAUCUUAUUAAUUGUCGUACUUCUUCUAUUCGUUAUACCCUUUGGAUUAUGUCCUUGUUUAUUGUGCUGUCCACUAUACCGUAAAUUUCUCAAAGCAAAAUCGUUACAUCGAUUUCUUUCAUUCAGUUGCAAUUGCCCGUGUUAUCGUGCACGUCCCAAACAACGUUUCCAAUUACAAUUCGUGUUUGUCGUAUUGAUGUCAUGUGUCCGUAUUGCCACGAUAGUGUUUUGCUUAGCUGUUCACAAAAAUAUAACAAUGCAAAGUCUGGCUGUUAUCGUUGCUAUAUCAUUCUUCUUUUUGAUUUUAACUACCAUGUUGGAUUUCUAUCACUAUCGCGUGUGGUGGCAUUACAGACCAAAUUUAAUCCUGAGGGACUUCAACAUGCCAUCGACACCGCUAUCGCCUAAACAUAAACGAUUUAUUCCUUAUACUCUAUUGGGUGAUAAUCGUACUAUGCGUUUUGGCGAUAAAGCUUGUUCGAAAGGUGCUCAAUGCAAAAACCGCGAUUUGGAACAUAUUUUCAUAUUUCAUUUCAAAAGUUACAAUCCGCAGCCACGUUAUUUUGAUAUCGAACAAACAACGGCAGGAAAAAAUCUUUAUAUUGGAUUUCAUCAAACUGACCCAAAAUCAGCUAUGCUCAUUGCUCACUCUGACUUUCUCAUUAGUACUGCAUAUAAGAGUACAAUGAUAGGUCAUGGUGUUUACUUUGCUCGGUCAAGAGAUGGAACAGAAAAUAAAGCGAAUCGUAAGGGUGCUUUCAUAUGUGCUGAAGUUGAGAUGGGAAGAGUGCUAAGAUUAAAUCCAGACGAGAGAAAUUUGUAUCGUGGCAAAAAUGAUUGGUGGUCUACACACGAUACAAGUUAUUUCUGCAAUGCUGAUCCACGCUUAGACGAAUUUUGUGUUAAAAGUCCAUCUCAGAUCUUAAGAUGGGUCAUGGUCAUUGAAAAUGGGUUUGAUUCGAAAGUUUUCUCCUAUGGACUAGAUAGAGAAUUCGAUGAUACAAAAUGUUUAUGUAUUUGA